GCAUUCCAAUCCAACAGUAACUGUUGUGAUGUUUGAUAGAAGAACACAAUUUGUUUUAUCUUGAAGGAGUAAGGCAUCGGCAAACCACAGCAAUACUAGGCAUUCGAGACAUUAUUACCAAACCAAAAUGAAGGUCUCUCCUCUUGUGUUUGUGUUGGCCCUUUUGGCGCCACUCGAGAUUGCCCAUGGUUCCGCGGCGAGAUCGGCGUCCAAAAAGAUCCAACAACCACCCAAUAAGGUGGAAACCAAAAAAGCCACUACCAUUAGCACCAAGAGCAAGACAACAGCAACAACACCCGGUCUUUGGCCCUGUUUCGAUGAACUGGACAAACGCUUGAUUAUGAUCAGCAUCCCCAUGAUUAUCAAUUUUUCCAUUACCCCCCUCGUGGGCGCCAAUGACCUGUUUUGGACCAACCGCAUGGGCAACGUCUUGGCAGUGGCCGGUCAAGCCGCCGCCACGCAAGUGUUUAAUAGUGGAUUCUGGUUGGCGUCCUUCUUGCCCAGUGUCACGUCGACAUUGGUCAGUAAGGAAAAUGCCAAGGGCAAUCAGGAAGGCGUUCAAGAUUCCGUCUGUCAGGCGCUUUUUGUGGCCGUACUCAUUGCGGCCGUGGGAACGCCACUCUUUUACAAUUAUCCCGAUUCCACCUUGGGAACCGUGCUGGAAACGGGAGCACCCGCCAUGGAAUUUGCCAAAAUCUACUUGAAUGUCCGAGCCUUUUCUUUUUUGCCAGCACUCAUUGCUCUCGUGGGAUUCUCCGCAUUUCGAGGAAUCUUGGAUGUGAAAACUCCCUUUAUGAUUAGUGUCAUUACCAGCAUGAUCAACUGCGUAUUGGAUCCAAUCCUCAUUUUUGGAUUCGACAUGGGUCUCAAAGGAAACGCCCUGUCGACACUUCUUUCUGAGGUCGUAUCGGCCAUCACAUUUCUCUACCUGCUCGCCAAGAGAGAUCUCAUCAAAAUGUCCAAACUCUUUCGGUUCCCGUCCUGGUCCAAACUAUUGCCACUCAUCAAGGGAGGAUUCGCCAUGCAGCUACGCUUGAUUGCUUUUAACAUUACCUUUAUCGCCGUCGCACGGGUCACACAGGGCAUUGACAAGACGGGAGUUGCCGCGGCGGCACAUGAAAUGGCAUUGCAGACAUUUCAACUCGGUGGUGUCGCUCUCAUGGCGCUCAGUGUGGUGGCGCAAAUUGUCAUUCCCAAUGAAUUGCACAGUGACAAGGGAGGCGCCCGGGUCGCCAAGGCCACUUCGAACCGCAUGAUGAGUUGGGGACUCAUCUUGGGUACCUUGUUGGGUGGAUUGCAAAUUUUGGUCCUGCCGUGGAUUCAAAAGGCCACUCCCAUGGAAGAAGUGCGGGCGGCAGCCCGGGCUCCAGCCAUUUUGGCCAGUAUCUUGCAACCAUUGAAUGGUCUCGUGUUUAUCGGGGAAGGUGUCAUGAGUGGUUGUGGAGACUUUAUGUUUCUGGCCGUGAGUACCAUUGUGGCUACCGUGGGCUGUGUCGCAGCACUGCAAGUCUUUCCUCAGGAACAUGGCGUCUCGGGAGUGUGGAUGGGCUUUGCCGUAUUCAACGUUUUGCGUAUGAUUGGCGUGCUCAUGCACCAGUUCUAUGUCAGCCCCAUUGCCCCACGCAACAUCAACAAGGAACUGCAAAAGACGAAGUAAAGAGCAUCAGUCAGCGAGAGGAGAUGCCGACAAGUACCGUACAUGAGAUUUCAUAGAUCUGCAACUGCACAAGACUUUCUCUAGGUAGCAAGUAGGGUGCACUUCAGAAUGUACAAGCACCGAUGAUUGAAUCUUAUCAUUCAUAUGUGCUGACUUUGGUCAUGCAAUGUAUGCCUGCCAGUACGAUCUAGGCCAUUGGUGGCAGUGGCAUCAUAGACGCUGCCGGUACGACGGUUGGCAACAAGACAUGGGCAUCCGCCUUCAAAAGAGAACAGGCAGCUUUCGCAUCUCUCCUCCUUGGUGAUACAGCGUAGCUCCAAGGUGUCGACCCUCCUUCUGUAGCCCGACCUGUUACCGGUAGGAAAAGCAUAGGUUCGAGAUGACAGGUUGAUCUUCUCGAACCUGCCGCUCUUGUCCCAAGGCGUUCAUAUCGCCACUCGAGUCCGCACCACCAUCACGAGACAGAAUGGCUCGUCCCCGGUAGCAGUGGCGAGCAUCGUAUGGGAAGUCUCCAUUUCUUCGUACUAUGCAGUAUCCCUUCUAGCUAGCUAGCGCGAUGAACUCUGUGCGAUAGACUCGACUCUGUUCAUUUCUGCGGAUUCGAUUCAAUUCUUGUUUUGCCGCGGGCUGGCAUUCCGAG